UAUCAAUAAAAUCAAACUCAUCUCGAACGGGAGAGAACCGCAGGCAGAUCUACCGCAGCAGCACACCGAGGCGGACUCCGCGUGACUGAGAGAGCGCGCAUGGCCUACGGUGCUAACGUGAGCCGGUGUGCUGCUACCUUAUCCUCCGCACACUAUCUCUGCCGCAGCAUCCCCCCUCCCUCCUCCACUCCCCCCCUCCUUCCCGCCGCUCUCUCCGCACGCAUUCAUGGCAAGCUCCGCCGCCCGGUCGCCACCGCAGCUGGCGGUCAGCUGCUUCACGACGCCGGCGCCACCGCUCUGGUUUUCGGCGGCGCUUAUGGCCUAGUCUCCACCUUCGAUAACCUCACCCGCCGCAACAUCAUCGACCAGAAAUUGAGCAGGAAACUGGUUCAUAUACUCUCGGGGCUGCUCUUUUUAGCAUCGUGGCCGAUUUUCAGCACCUCCACGGGGGCUCGUUAUCUCGCUGCAAUUGUGCCUUGUGUGAAUUGCUUUCGGCUUGUGAUCAACGGACUAUCUUUGAGCACGGAUGAAGGGCUAAUCAAAUCUGUUAGUCGAGAAGGGAAGCCCGAGGAAUUGCUUGGAGGUCCGCUUUAUUACGUUCUCGUGCUGAUUUUAUGCGCGGUUGUGUUUUGGCGCGAUUCCCCCGUUGGAAUGAUUUCACUGUGUAUGAUGUGUGCUGGCGACGGCAUUGCUGAUAUCAUGGGACGGAGAUUCGGAUCGACAAAACUUCCUUACAAUCCGCUCAAGAGUUGGGCCGGUAGCAUCUCGAUGUUUCUGUUUGGUUUCCUGGUUUCAAUUUGUAUGCUGUAUUACUUUUCGGCCCUCGGGUACGUGGAACUGGAUUGGAUGACGACCGUGGGAAGGGUCGGAUUGGUUUCGCUGGUGGCGACGUUCGUGGAGUCGCUCCCGACCAACGAAAUUGUGGAUGAUAAUAUUUCAGUUCCUUUAGCAAGCAUGGUAACUUCAUAUUUCGUUUUCGGUUGGUAGAACAGAAGCCUGCGCUUAGUUUUAAUUUUGUAUGAAUUUUGUUUAACUUUUUAUGUUACCUGAAUUUAUUCA